UAUAGAUAGAUAGAGAGGGAGAGAGAGAGAGAAAGAGAAGGCUAUAGAAUAGAAUUUUAGUCCUUAAUCUGACCUUUAUAUGGACAUUUUUUCAAAGUACAUUUAUUAUGUAUAUAUAUAUGUGUGUAUAUAUAUUUAGAAUUUACACAACGAAUGAUGUGAUCAUUAAGAAUAAAGGCGUAUUUUUCUAAAAGUGAAGAAUGUGAUAUUAAAAGUACUCAUGAUUACUUCUCAGGGAGAAAAAAUGAAGUUAUGUAAAAGCCACAGAAAUAUUUAAACACACACACACAAAAAAAUACGUAUAAUUACAGUUGAGUAAACUUUCUCAUUUUUAUUUUUGUAAAAGAAUUAUGGAAUUACACAUUGAAGGAAAACAUUUAGCCUCUUUAAAAGAGAAAUAGAAAUAGAUCUACGUCAUGUCAUUCAAGUGAUAUCAAUUCAUUAAUUAAAUGUUUCAACUGAUGAGAUGACAGAUAUUCCAAAACAGUGUUCGCUACCAACAGGAACGUCAACACCAACGCCAACACCAACGCCAGUAGCAACAAUUACUGCAAGUCGACUUCCACAUUCAUCCACUUAUUUAACUGGUAUCGAUGAGGAUACAAGAGGUGAAUCAGUCCACUCAAUGAUUGAUCUUCAACAUUUUCAUCAAAAACAGCACAAUUCAUCGAUUAGUACAUGUGCUGUACCGUUAAAUGUAUGCUGUGUCUGUGCCAAUGAAGAUGGUUUACAAUCACUGCAUUCAGAGAUAUUUGUAGUUUGUGCUUCACCAGGCUGUAAAUACAGUGGACCAAUACACAAAAAGUGUUUAGAUCAUUGGGAUUCAUGUUGUGAUUUCUAUUGCCAGCUGUUGAAUAAUGCAACUAGUUCAAUUCUAAAUCAAUCAUCAUCACCAAUCGAUAUCAACUCUCCGUCUUCAUUAUCAUCAACAUCAACAAAUAGUUUUAAUUUUAAUACUGGAAAUUUUGAUUCACCAAUUAGUAAAUCAUUUAUGGAAGGUUUAUUUCGACUUUAUGAAUGUCCAUUAUGCGGUCAGUAUACAUUGUAUCGAUCAUCGAUAAAUUCAAAAACUGGUCAAACUGAGAACAUGUCACCUAGUCAUCAUUUUACAAGUGUUCUUUGUGCUAUCCAGUAUGCAGCUGAGAAAUUAAAUCAACACGAGAGACUAACACAUUCAUCAGCUCAACAGGAUGUUUCACAGAUGAACUCACCAUUCACAAUGAAUCAACCUGUAGACUAUUAUGCUCCAACAAUUGGAUCAAUGCCAAAUUUUAAUGCAGACGAAUUUAAACAUCAACCAGCAUCAACAUUCAGUCAACCAUUCACUGGUAGAUCACAUUCAUAUACGCAACCACCACCGAUUACAAAUAAAUUUAGUGAUAUUUUAAGGCGAUUUUCAUUGAAUCGGGACACGAGUGAUACUACUUAUUUAUCAGCUGCUAGCAAAAAUAGUAGUAUUAGUGAUACAAGCAGUGGAUAUUAUAGUAGUCUAUCAACUGGUGACAGUUCUACUGAUCCAAGUCGACGUAACAGUAACAAUUCAUAUGCAUCAUUAAUGUUAGGCAUAACAACAGCAAUGAAGACACCAGAGGAGGAUACAAAAGAAGAUACAAUGAAAUUACACGAAGAUAAUUCUAUGCCCUGGAUGAUGCCAACGAACCAGACACUACCGAGAGCUUUGAUUAAGACAUCUACUAAAAGUGGUCCAACAAAACUGUCAUCAGAAACAAAUCCAAUGAAUGACCUACUUCAACGUCCAACUGAUUUGUUGUUAACCUCCAUGCCUACAGAAUCAUCAGCACCAACAGCCUCCACAAGACGAAGAGCUGGUUCAUCAAGUAUCAGUUUCGAUGAGACUUUCGAUACAAGUUUAGAUGCUACUAUUCUUAAUAACCCCAGUAGUACUAAUAGCAAUAAUGCUGCCAACAGUCAUAAUGACAUUAGAAGUAAUAAUAGUAAUAGUAAUAGUGAUACCACUAGUAAUGCUAAUAAUCAUAACACUAUGACCAGACCAAUUUCUGUUAUCGGCAGUCGACGACAUCAUUCAACAUCUUCAACUUUAAGUAGUACAAAUACAAGUAAUACAAAUAAUACAAUGAAUAAUAAUAAUAGCGUCGUUAAUAACAAUUUUAAAUCAAGUUCUGUUUGGACGAAUGAACCAUUGACGAACAAGUCAAGAAUCAGUCAUUGGCAUAAUAAUAAUAGUAGUAAUAAUAAUAAUAGUAGCAAUAACAAUAAUAGUACAGAUACAAAGGGUAGAAAAACAGUCAAUACUAAGGGGAAUAUCUUUCUACAACGUCGUGAUUUCAAUGUAUUCACGAAACUUCCAAAUUAUAAACAGAAUGCAUAUUUCAUUCAAAUGGAUGAUGAUAGUUGUACAGGGAAUGAAGAUACCCGGGCAUUUCUCCUAGCUCAACUGACUAAUCAUCGUGUCUCUGAAGUGUACUGUUUAGCCUGUCAACAGAUGCUACCAGUUUAUGAUCAUUUUCCUGUUAUUGAUGGUAUCUUUUUCAUCAGUCCACUGUGUCAUCGUUCCACAGAAGGUUAUCGUAAAGGUGGUGGUCUACGGGUUACUUGGCAUACAAAUGGUAUACAAAAUCAAUCAGUACCACAACAACAAACCCAACAGCAACAACAACAACAAACUAAUCGUACUUCAAAUUCCAAUAACACCAGUAAUAAUAAUAAUAGCAGUACUAAUACUAAUAAUACUAAUACUAAUUUGAUCUCUUCAACAAAUGAUUACCAAAAUAUCAAUAAGAUCGCGCUGAAACUGUUAGCCCCUUUGAAGAUUAUGUCACCGCCGCCUGGUUGUCUUGGUCCACGGCAACAGUUGAAUUCAGUACAGCAUAACAAUAUGAUCAAUAUGAUUACAUCAGAUCAAAACAGUUUACUGUCGAAUUCAACAACAUCACCAUCAUCAGUGUUGUCCUCAUCGAGAUAUUCGUCCAUCGCGACAUCGACGAGACAAGGACGUUAUCUGCAUGCCUUGUGUAUGAAUUGUAUGCAUACAGAAGAUUUGAUUUCAAACAAUAAGCUAAGUGAUGUCAAAUGUAUUAGGUGUAAAGUGUGCGGUAAACUUUGGUCUGGGGCGUCAUUACUUGUUGGCGGUCUUUAUACCUACGAUAUAUUCGCUGCAGUACCAUGCUGUUCAAAUCAUUUAACUUGUGGUUCAUGUCAAUCACGUUUAGAUGACUUAACUCUUCAGAAUUCUUCAUCACCAGUCCCACAACAACAGCAACAACAACAACCACAGCAGACAUCAACGCUGAAUACGGAAAGUCCACUAACCUUAUCAUCUAAUUAUCUACCUCCUCAUCACCAUCAUCAAGAUCAAUCAGGGAUCAAUAAAAUCAAUGAAAUGAAGGAUAAAUCAUCCAAUCAUGAUCUCACUAUUAAAUCUUUCCCAUUAAGUUAUUUUAGUCAAUAUAGUAACUUGAUCAUUUGUCCGUAUUGUUCAAAAGUCGACUAUCACUUCGUUAAAUUAUUUGAAGAUACCUACGAAGUUGUAAGCUGUUGUUAGAGUGGAAGAUACUGGAAAUUCUUAGAUUUUUAUUGAUUUAUUGAUUAACUUGACUUGAUUGGACUUAAUUUUUUUUCAAAGUUUUAGCAUUUUUCAUUCUUAUUUUACGUAACAAAACAACAUACAAAAACAUCAGGGAAAAGAGAUUAGUACUACUGAAUUCCUUUUUAGUAGAAAACUUGAUUUCACCCCAAUCUAUUUUCAAUGUCUUUUGUUAUUAUUAUUAUUACUAUUGUAGUCAUUAAUGUUGUUUUAUUUUGUUCGCGAAUAUUAAGUAUUUAUCACAGGGAAAGUCCAGCCCCCUCCCCCUUCUCCCAGCAGAUAAAACUUUGAAGGUUGGGUACCGACACUACCUUUCUCUUUACGUGUCUGAUGCUCAGGUUAUCUCGAAAACUCAGAUGUUGUUCUGCUUUAUUUAAGUAUAAAUUUUAUUGCUAUAGGUUUAAUCUGUAUGUCCUAUUUCUUUAUUUAUGUUUUCAAACUACUUAAUACCUAUUUUAGUAGUAUGUUUUUAAUUUCAUCAAAAUGUAUAUUUUUGUACUGUAGUCUAUUAUUUUCAACUCACACAAAACUUCAGUUUCUGUGUAUGUGUGUGACACAAAGCGCCAAAUUGUACAAAGAAUAAUACAGUACUGUCUAAUUGAAAUCCUCUUUAUCAUUUAUAUAGAAUAUUAUGUGGACUUCAACACCUAAUGUCGUUGUUUUUGGUUUCAUUUCUGC